AUGUACGGAACGGCGAGAGCCUCGAAACAAGCCGCAAGGCCGGCCGAGACAGUUCGGAGGCCUUUAAGACGAAGAGGACUGCGCCUCAAGCUGGGUGAAAAGAGGAAAAGACGUGAAAAGAGGCUCGAGGGUCGCCGGGCGAGUCGGCAACAGGUCACGCUCAUCGAAGCGCUAGACAGUUUUGAUGUUCUGAACGAAGAUGCUCCGAACGGCACUGUGCACAGUCAAUGCAUUAGGUCCAUUUUACGCGACACGCGCAUCCAGUCCAAUUCCUGCAGACAGCAAGCGCCAGCGCAGUCCACGAUCUGCGGUACGCAUUGGCGCUCGACGGCGGAAGAACGACCUGCAAACUUAUACUGCUUAUCGAUGGUCGACCUUGACAACGACUACCAGGUGCUAACCGUCAUCUUCUCCCACGUCCGAGCCGAUGCGGUACCGAGUCUGAGGAUGAGCUCGACACCCUGUUUGCAGACCUGUAUGACGCUUUUCAAGGCUAAGCAUUGUCUUGGUGGGUCGUAA